UUAAGCCCAUUCAACAUCUUAGCCUUACCUCUCAUUCUCGGCGGCUAUUUCUCUCCCAAAUCGGCGCCGCCACGACCACCUCCCGUCUCGCCGCUCCACCCCUCGUUCCGCCAGAUCGCCCGCGAGCUUCACACCAGCCCGCCGGCCGCCGCUUACAGCUCUCACUGUUUCUCUCCCAAAUCGGCGCCGCCACGACCGCCGCUCCUUCUUCUGAUGCCCUGUUUCUUCCUCAUCUCCGGCAUCUCUCUCCAUCCCUCAAUUUCUCUCUGCCCGUCUUAGCGCCACGCCUUCCUCACCGCCACGCCGCCGCCCCCCUCGUCGCCGACCUGCCUGCAUUGCAUUGUGGAGUGCAACUUAUUUAGAGAAAGAAGAACUAAAUAACUUAUUUGAAAGAAAACAUGGCUCUAUCUUGCCCACCAACCCUCCUCUCCGGUCCUCGCCGGAAUCCAUCCACGGCGGCCAGAACACUCUCAAUUACCGACCUUUCCGCCGCUGCACCGCCGCGGCAGCCUCAGCUCCACUCCAAGCUAGCCCUAAAACAGCCCCCACUCUCAUCCAUCUUCAAAAAACCCUCCAAAGCCCACCAUCCCAAAUUGGCCAACACCACUGUGAAAUCCCUUUUCACUGGAAUCGUGGAAGAAAUGGGCACAAUCAAGCACCUGGGUUUCGACCAACCCGACAGUUUCACCAUGAAAAUCCAAGCAAAAACCGUUCUUGAAGGCGUGCACUUGGGCGACAGCAUCGCGGUCAACGGAACCUGCCUAACGGUGACGGAAUUCGACACCGUUUCGUCCGAAUUCUCGGUUGGUUUGGCGCCGGAGACGCUGCGGAAGACCUCUCUGGGCGAAUUGGAGAGUGGGUCUUUGGUCAAUUUGGAGAGGGCGCUGAGCCCUAGCACCAGAAUGGGGGGACAUUUUGUCCAGGGGCACGUCGAUGGGACCGGAGAAAUCAUGGAGCUGAGGCCGGAGGGAGAUUCACUGUGGGUGAAAGUUAAGGUUGGGAGGGAGAUUUUGAGGUACAUUGUGCCCAAGGGGUUUAUUGCUGUGGAUGGGACAAGUUUGACUGUGGUGGAUGUGUUUGAUGAUGAAGGGUGUUUCAAUUUCAUGUUGGUAGCUUACACACAGCAGAAAGUUGUGAUUGCUCUGAAGAAAGUUGGGCAGAAGGUGAAUUUGGAGGUUGAUAUUUUGGGGAAGUAUGUGGAGAGACUGCUUGGGAGCAGCUUUGUGGAUUCGUUCAAAUCAUCUUGAAGAUUUCGACAAAUGUGGACUGAAUCGCAAGCACUGAAUGUAUUGCUACAAUGAUUGAAGCUCUACCCAUUACAGCCUUAGGCAUGCAGUUUUUCAAGUUACUGCAUCUUAGUUAGCAGCGUUCUGUAUGCUUGAAAAGCUUCGACUAUUUUGCGUUUCUGGACCUUUGAUUCCUGCUUGAAUCAGUCAUUGGUGGUCUUGUUUUACUUGACAUGCUUCUAGUGUACACACGUCAAUUAAUUUGUUAAUUUCCAGCAAUAAUCUGUUUUUGCAUUCAUGAAAUAGCAGAUGCUUAGCAUAUUUCUUAA